UAUUGUGGAUAAUGUGCUCACAGUUUUCACCAUGUGUGAGAAGAUGCAGACUCCCCGUGACAGAUCCACGAUGUUACGUCCCGGCUAGCUGGGGGAGUUAACUGGUGAAACAAUGGAAGCAUGAAACAACUUUUAUAGAGACUUUCAACUCGUAUUAUUCAUUCUAACCAGACUAGUUUAGGCUCUGAGUGUUGGAGUGUUACUAAUGUUUUUAGUGGGCAUGCGCAGUCCGUGGCUCGAACACAUUUUUCCAUUGAUUGUGUUAUGUUAGCAGCAUGAUCGCUCACUUGUGUGUUAGCUGGUGUGGUGCACUAAUCUACACAGAGGCUUGCCGGGCGCCGUAGUCCAUGUGUCCUCCUGUAAAAUGAGUUGAUUCAUCAGACUAUUAAUAGCUCGAGUGUUAGUCCGCUUCCAUUGGCGCUCUCAGGACUCGUGCGUCCCCGUGCGCGCCCAUAGGCUGCAGCAGGACGAGCACUGCAAUGGCACCGAAGAAAAGGUCACAGCCAGAUCUCCACAAACUUGAAGAUCUGGUGGUGAAACAUGCACGAAUUGAAGAAUCUGGUGCAGCUCGAUGCUGGACUGGGGUGAAUGAGCGCACCUUCAUUGCUGUCAAACCAGAUGGCGUUCAGCGGAGACUGGUGGGAGAAAUUGUGCGUCGUUUUGAGAAGAGGGGAUUCAAACUGGUGGGCCUCAAACUGGUGAAGGUGUCUGAGGAGCUCCUUGGAGAACACUAUGCAGACCUGAGGAGUAAACCCUUCUUCAGUGGACUGAUAAGUUACAUGAGCUCCGGUCCAGUCGUAGCAAUGGUGUGGCAGGGCUUGGACGUGGUCAAGACCGCACGCAAGAUGAUGGGGGAGACCAAUCCAGGAGACUCACUGCCUGGGACCAUCAGAGGAGAUUUUUGUGUGGAAGUGGGCAAGAACGUGAUCCAUGGCAGCGACUCCGUGGAGAGCGCCCAGAAGGAAAUCUCCCUGUGGUUUCGACAGAAUGAGCUUCAGCAGUGGCAAAAAUGCGGCACAAACUGGAUCUACAACUGAUUUCAUGCCUGCAUUUAAUCCCUGUGCACCGUCCUGUAGGUAAACCAGUGUUUUUUUUAUACAUUAAUGUGUUUACGAGAUGCGAGACAUCAUACCUCAGAUAAGUGUUUUUCAGCUUUAGUAGAUGAUGAGGUGACCACUGCCUUGCUGAGCUCUCGCUGCUUCUAUUUACCCCCAAAGCAAAAGUGCACUAAAUCAGCAAUAAUCUGAUCUGCUUCAGUUCUUGUUUUUGUCUUUCUGUUACAUUUUCAGUCCUACCAUAUUUCAAGCAAUAAGCUGAUAUUUGUAGUAAAGAAUUAUUGAUUGAUGUUCAUAAUCAUCAGGGAACAGAAGGUACAUAUCUGAUUAAAUCCACUUUAAGGUUGAUUUCUACUAAAGGUACAGGAAAAAAUAUUCAACAUAAUAUUCUCCUUAAUUACAACUUAUUCACAGGUUUAGUUUGGUUCUUUAAAUGCAGUUGUGUGCUGCACAUAUCCGUCCUUUUGGAAUGAGCCAGUGUUGUCAUUUUUGAGAUUACAAAUCAGCUAAAUGCACAAUUUAAUUUGAUAUAAAGUUUAUGUUUUUCAAUCCUCCAACGCUGCCUUCUGUGAACACUAACUACCCAUAAAGUUGGAAUAAAAUAUUUUUUAUUUUG